GGAUAAAAAUUGAUUGUGCGGUUGGCGAGAUGGCGAACGGCAGCAAGCGCGAAAAAGCCUCGCUCUUCCUGCGACCGCGGAUACGCGGACGGCAGUAGGGUUAGGUGCUGCAGGACAUCGACGAUGGCGAUGCUGCAGCAGCCGCUCCACCUCAGCGCACUGCUCUCCGUUCGUCCGAGGCGUACAAGCAGUAGCAGCCGAAGGAGGACGAAUACGAAGCUCUUUCCCGCUUUUAGAUGCCGAAUAAUAGAAGUGGAGCAGGUGGAUCCUCGCGGUAAUGGGAGAGACCCUCUUCCUCAUAUGGGAAAAAUCGUAGCAUCAUCUGGGAGGAGAAGGCUUAUCUUAACAGUGCUAAUUCCUAUUAUGUUUCCUCAACAUCAUAUAGCAAAAGCGGUCGAUGUAGGAGAAGCAUCAAUUCUUCAAAAUGGGGUGAGGAAUUUUAUGUCCAAGGCAAAAGCUGCUGGUUUGCUCCGUUUGGCUUUCCAUGAUGCAGGAACGUUUGAUUUGGAUGACAAAUCAGGUGGUAUGAAUGGUUCCAUAGUUUAUGAACUCGACAGACCUGAAAAUGCUGGCCUUAACAAAUCUCUGAAGGUAUUAGAGAAAGCCAAGAUGGAAAUUGAAAAAAAUCAGCAAGUAUCUUGGGCGGACCUGAUUGCUGUGGCUGGUGCUGAGGCUGUUUCAUUCUGUGGAGGGCCUGUUAUUCCUGUUCAAUUAGGUCGGCUGGAUGCAAGGACACCAGAUCCUCAAGGGAAGCUUCCUCAAGAAACUCUUGAUGCCUCUGGUCUAAAGAAAUGCUUUUUGAAGAAAGGCUUUUCGACACAGGAACUUGUUGCAUUAUCUGGAGCACAUACAAUUGGAAACAAAGGUUUUGGAAGUCCUGUUGUUUUUGACAAUGCUUACUUCAAUAUACUACUCGAAAAAACAUGGACAUCUUCAGGUGGCAUGUCAAGCAUGAUAGGGCUUCCAUCAGAUCGAGCACUAGCCGAGGACGAGGAGUGCUUAAGGUGGAUUAAGAUCUAUGCUGGUGAUCAAACCAAGUUUUUUGAUGAUUUUAGGAAUGCAUACAUCAAGCUCGUAAACUCUGGUGCUUCAUGGAGAAUUGUCUGACUAGAUUCUUGUUAUACUUAAAAAGAUAUAGUUUUUCUCUCUUCUCUUCGUGUAAUUAUAGAAUGGCAAAUUAAGAAGUAGAUUUGAUCUCUAUGCUAGUGAUCAAGCCAAGUUUUUCAA